AUGUCCGCCCCUGCAUGGCAGACAGACGAGUUGGGCGAAGAAUGGAUCGAGACAUCCCCCUCCCCGCCCACUACACCCGUCCCAACCGAAACCGUCGUCCGCGGAAGCGUGCACAACAAACGUGGCUCCCUCCGCUCGUUGGGACACGGUAGCGUCGCGCGCGCUCUCCCGCCUCGCCGCGCCUCCGCAAUGAGCCUUCCCGAGGGGCGUUCGCCCUCUAACCCCUACGUUCGCAACGCCAGUGGCAUGCUGUCACCUCCAACGAGCGCGUCGUCCGACGACGGGAGAGAUACCGAGUACAAGCUCAAGUCUAGUUUACGCAGCACCCGUAGCGUCUCCGCGCCGACUCAGAGCAGCGCCAAGGGUACGUUUGUGGUUAAGGAUGGCGAGGACACGCACGGCAAGGCAUUCCCCCGCAAUGCUUUCGUCAACAGGGACAUGUUCAGCGCGCUCCCCCUCGAGAAGAUGUUUGAGCCGCCCAGCUCACCCAUGGCGAUCCUGGAAGAGGAGGAGCCAACAAGCUCAGGAUCCACGUCGCGCGCCGCGUCCUCAACGCCCUCGGUUGCGGAGCUGGCACUGGUCGAAUCUCCCUCGCCUAUUGAGUCGCCCGCGUCGGGCGAGAGCACGCCCUCACGCUCGACUCCCACGGCCACCAUUAUGGCAUCCACAACCACAGCGCCCAGAGCCUUGUCUUUGUCUCCUCACUGGUCUGGCUCUACGCCAAGCUCUGGAUCGGAAGGUCGCCGCGUCUCGCAUCAGUACACGCCCGCCCACCCCUCUCGACUGAGCAAAAGCAUGACACCGUCUGACAAUUCGUUCUCCACCACAACAGCAAAUUCGAGCCGUGUCGCAACACCAGCACCAGACGGGGAGGAGGACAUGAGCGUGGAACAUGAGCAUGACUCUUUACUUCUUCCUGUCGUGCCAGACGACACUGUCGAGGAGCCAACGCACCAUUACGACGAUACAGCCCAGACACAUCCAUACGACGACUCAAACCUGCCUACAAACCCAUACGACCACACCAACCACCCGACCAACCCUUACGACAACACUGAUCACCCGACAAUCCCCUAUGACGAGCAUACCACGCAGGAUGAGCGGGGAGUAGAGGACGAGCCGCAGACUGGGACAACACGCAUCCGAGUGGCCCAGUCGCAGGCAGGAACAACGCGCAUCCGCGACCUUGAGUCCCAGAUGGGAACAACGCGCAUACGCGAGGAAUCAACCGAGGCCCCAAGUGGCCUCCACGGGAAGUAUCCGUUCAACUUCUCUGCGCCGGUGGGCAAUGCGCGCGACGUGGACGGCCUCGACAGGUCGGAGACGCCCGAAUUUGAACCGUCUUUGGCGCCCCUGGCCGGCGGUGAGCCUUCACACUCAACGCUAAACGAGCCUCCAGAGUUGACCAAUGUCGGUCUCCGCCUCUUCCGCAAUGGCUACGACACAUACACCCGCGAGCAGCUGUCCGCGAUGGUCGACUCCCUCGCUAACCACCCGAGCCCACCGGCGACCCGUAACACCAUCCCGCGCCGCGCAGACCUGCGCGAGUGGUCUCCUGAGGCCUCUGGCACGCCAGAUGCGUACCGCUCAGCGUCCUACUCCAAUUCACUUACACCUGAGUCGGCGACAUCCGAUUCGCACAGCUCCAAGCGCAUCAAGCUCGCGCGCCCGGAACCAAGAGGCCCCACAGCCAUCCGAGACUGGCGUGCCCAGGGCAAUGCGAUGCUCGAGCGCAUUCGUGUCACCGACCCCGACUUUUCGUCCACCUCGGCCUCUGACUCGAGGAGCUUGAGGAGCGGGAGCGCCGCCUGGACUGAUGAGCGGGCAAGCGCAAUCGAAGACUUCGGUCGGCCGACCUUCGACUACGGCCAUCCUUCUCUGUCGCCCGAUCCAGAACCGGUGGUUAAAUCCAACCCGUCAACUGCCUCGUCCAAUUACCUCCACCGCGCCGAGGACAUGAUGUCGCGGAUCAAGAGCCGGGUUGUCUCUCCCACGAGCACAACUGACAACCCGACAGACAGUUCGCCACGGAACGAGGAGGCCGUGCUCUCUGAAACAUCGCGCGUGUCGUCGCUCGUCAACACCGAUCAGUCGUCAGAGGCUGAGAGACACAUUCCGCGGCAUGAAUUUUCUUGGAAGGGCUCUGGCAAGGGGACUUCUCCGUUGCAGUCUGCUGUCAGCUCUCGCACGGGCACGGCGAACUCCCAGACAGCCACGGCGGCGUCAGCGCGGCGAGGCAUGCUUGAAGGCACCGGGCGACCGCCCGAGGUCCGUGAGGACCUGAACCGCUUUGUGUCUGCCACAACUGUCGCCUCUGCCACAACGAUGUCGACGUCGUUUGUCAAGCACCGCGGGCCGAAGGACCCUACGCCGUCGCACAUGACUAUGAUCCGCCCCGGUGACGUACAAGGUGUCGUCCCAAACCGCAUCGGCAAGAUGUACUACGACCAAGAGACGCACCGCUGGGUACGCUCGUCGCGCGACGCGCUCACCCGUGUAUCCGAGGGUGCCGAGAGCCAGAGAAUAAGCGAAGACAGCCAGGACGUGUUCGCCGGCUUCGACUCGACGUCGCCAAGCAUUCACGCAUCGCAGGCGGUCACGUAUUCUCUGGAGAGGCGGGGUUCGCGCUCGUCGCUUGGUAGAGGAUUUCCAAUCUCAUCACCCGAGAACGGUUUCCACGACUGUGUAGGCUUCACCGACUCGUCACCAGAGAAAGGCUUCCACGACUCGUCGCCAGUGAAAGGUUUUCCGUCAUACGACAGGACGUCUUCUCCGGAGGGAGGCUUCUCGUCGCCCGAGAAGGGCUUCGCGUCACCAGAGAAGGACCAGACCUCGUCGUCUUCGCCGGAGAAGUACGCCCUCGACUCACUAGACAGGGAUGACCCCCAAGCGACGCCGCGCGCUCGCCCAAGGCUCAACCACUCGAUCUCUUGUCCUGUUAAUGGCACGCCGAUACCUCUCCGCUCAGCGCUGCGCAAUGCUAAUGGCUCGACCCCCAUAAGCGCGAUGAAGAAGAGGGCCGCAUGGCACGCCGACUUGACGCCGGCUCGUGAGCAGCGUGAGGCGUCUGCUGCUCCAUCGUCUGGCUCCAACCGUCGCUCUGUUUCCUUCUCUGACGGCUAUGUGAUCGCGCAGCACAUAGAGGCAGAGCGGGCCGAGUGGUCCCGCCUCGACGGCAAGGGCCACUUCGAGCGCUACGAGCGCACCGACAUCAUGGAGGAGAGUUCUAUUGCCCCGAGCAUGCGCACGCGCCGCAUCCAGCAGGCGUUAGAUGGCAUGGCGGACCUGCAGAUAACCGACAUCGAUGAUGACGACGACGAAAUGCCGGAUCCGUCGCCAUCCAAGCCUGCCAGGUCUUCAUCGUCGGCUUCGUCCUGCUCGUCUGCCGCUCUGAAACGGCCCUCUGCGUUGUCUGAGGCCUCCGAGGAGCACUCGGAUUCGACGGUCCCCAUAACUGCGUUCAGGUCUUUCCGUUCCUUCCGGAGAGGCGGCGCAGGGGACCAGACGUUCCUCACAGAGUGCUCUUUUGGCGUCGCACACGACCGCCUUGUGCAGCUUAUCACCGAUGUCCAGCCCUUCGAACCGCAUUGGGAGACCUUGAAGGCUAUCGACCUCUCAGAUAAGGGCGUGGAGAGCUUAGCCCGCCUCAAGGAGUUCCUUCCUCGCCUUGACGAGGCCAACCUCAACGACAACCAGAUCGACUACCUCUCGGGCGUUCCGAGCUCGGUGCGCAAGUUGCGUGUGGCGGGGAACUGCCUUACGAGCCUGACGAGCGUGAGCCACCUCCGCAACCUCCACUUCCUGGACAUCUCCCGCAACCAGCUCGACUCGGUGUCGCAGCUUGACUGUCUGCACCACCUCCGCGAGCUUGUGAUCGACAGCAACCAGAUCACCGAUCUCAAGGGGAUAAUGGGCAUCGAUUGCCUCGUCAAGUUGAGCGUGGCGGACAAUGCGAUCGAGGAGCUCGACCUCACCGAUGCCAAGUGGGAGAGCCUCGAGUCACUCGACCUGUCACGGAACAAGAUCCAGAGCAUCCGCGGACUUGAACGGCUCAAGAGCCUGACGACGCUGAAGCUCGACGCGAACGCACUUGUCACCCUCGAGCCCGCGUCGUCGAUGAGCAGCCUCCGUAUUUUGCGAGUGUCGGACAACGGAUUGACGAGUCUGGACGUGUCGCUCUUCCCUCGCCUGCGCACGCUGUUCGCCGACAAUAAUGCGCUCCCGGGCCUCACUCGCAGUGGGCCAGGCGGGCACCGCAUCGAGAACCUCUCCUUGCGAAGCCAGGAUGUUGCCUCGUUCUCACUCAACCCUGAGGACAUUCAGGCCGUCAAGCGCCUCUACAUAUCUGGGAACACGCUGCCACCCAACUUCCUCUCCACGCCAGUCUACAGCCUCGUUUACUUGGAGGCGAUCGCGUGCCAGCUUUCAGAUUGGCCAGAGAACCUUGUCGCCCACGCACCGAACUUGCGCGUCCUCAACGUCAACUACAACUUCAUCGAGACGCUGGACGGACUGGCAGGUCUCACGCGCCUGACCAAGCUCAUGGCGGUUGGCUGCCGGCUCGGGGCAAGAGGCAACGCUGUGCGCGGACUACAAGGGCUUGAGGGCCUCGAGGAGCUCGACCUGCGCAUGAACCCGGCAACGCUGAGUUUCUACCUCCCGAUCUUGCUCCCGUCCAAGAAGGAGAAGGGCAGAGGAGGCAAGUUGAAGGAGACCGAGUCACGAGGAGCCGGCACCAACAACCCCGCUUGGGCCGCGCGCGACUCUCAAUACCGUCACCAGCUGCCGGACGAGUGGUACUCGCGCCGCUUGUUCUACCGAGGCCUCGUGUUCGGCAAGUGCCCGCAACUCCGGAUAUUGGACGGGGUGGGAGUCACGAGUGGGGAAAAGGACAAGGCGGCUGCACUGUUGGACCAGGCGCAGGGUGUUGUGGGACAAUCUGGACGAUCGUCUCACAACAACUCAUUUCGUCACCAACACUACUCUUCUCUCUACAAAAUGUCGGGGCGUAUCAACCAGCCAAACCGUAUUGAGACCUGGCUGUUACAGGAGGAUGAAAAGCGCCUCACCAUCACCGAGGACCCCAAGAUCCCCAACGCUGCGACGGUUAUCGUGCGCGCGCAGGACCACACCCUCGGCAACAUGUUGCGAGCACAACUGCUGCUUGACCCAACAGUGCUUUUCUCCGGAUACAAGGUGGCGCACCCGCUCGAGAAUGUAAUCACGAUCAAGAUCCAGACGGACGAGCGGUCCAACCCCGCCGACGCGCUUAAGCGCGCUUGCACGCAGCUCAUUAACCAGACUAUCAAUGUCAAGAAGCAGUUCCAGGAUCAGGCGCGUAACAUCGAGAUGGGGAUGGGUCCCGAGGCUGCACCCCAGGCCGCGGGAGGUUACGACCCGUACGGCGACGGGUUCGGGAGUAGCACACAGGCUGGCGGCGCGCCCCAGGGUGGAGACGUGUACGACUUCUAA